GAGCUUUUUUUGAGUGUGUGCGUGAAAUGUUUGUUUGUAGUUGUGCGGAAAAAUUUUAAAAUAUUUAUUUUUCCGGGAAAAACUAAUUUUUGCGACUUGGGCCUACGCGGGAAAUGCUUAGGGGGGCCCCGAGGAGCUUCAGUAAAAAAUUGGGCGCGAAAUUCGCCGGAUUAAAAAAACCAUUUUAUACGACUUUUUCUGGCGCGGAUUUUGAGUGUUUUGAACUGGGGACGCCAAUCGACGCGGCGUCGCUUCCUGGUCACAAAAACCUGAUUUUCCCAUGAAAAUUUGUCGGAAAACGCGAGAAAAUUGCGAAAAACUGAAAGUGUGAGGGAGACAGUAUCUGUGAUGUGCACCAUCUCAUUUUCUCUUCAACGAAAUGUACCAAAAAUUAGCAGUGGUGGCUUUUGGAACUACAUUUAGGGCGCCAAUUUCAAAAAUCUUUCUUCGCGUUUGAUUAGCAGCGGUUGUUGGAGUUCGAGGAAAAGCAAAUCGCAAAAGUUCAGGAGAUUUUUUUUCUUGCUGAGUGUACAAAAAAGAUAACCAAAAAGAUAUGGCGGAGGUUGGUAAUUUGGAAUCCGAUGAGAUAAAAGAGGUCGUGGAGAAGAUUCUAGCACAACUCCACAUCAAUGGGACAAUCCAAGAUGGAGCCCUCCCAAAGGAGGCUCUCCGGAAGGCUACAAUUAAAUUUGUUGAUGCCAACAAUGUUACAAAUUUUACGUACAAUGACAUGCCGAAAACUUUGCUAAAAUACGACUUUUGCUACUACAUGAAUAAAAAUGAGGCGCACAAAUCGAAAGUUUUCAAAGUGAACGUGGCAAAAAUCACGGAACUGGCAAACAAGUAUCCCAAUGUCAACGUGGAAGUGAAUCCAGAGGUCCCAGAGAAAGUGGAGGCUUCUUCCGCCUACAGCAUUGAACAUGUUUUGACGACAGAGCAAAAGGGGAUACAGCAGUUUCAGUUUUCAGAUAAAAGUUGCUUUGUCUGCAGGGAAACUUUUAAUCAGCAGGGCACCUUUGUGGAUCACAUGAAAGGUCACGGGAUGAUUUUCCAGAUUGAUGCAACUGAUUGUUUGAAAGAAAUGAUCCGCCUUAAUGAAAAAUUAAGCUCAAAACAUGGAAAAUUCAUUUGCACAAUUACAUCACGAAAGAAUAUCAAAGUUGACCGCGUGACUCUUGUACUUCCACCAAACAACGAUUUUCACAUUCUAUCAAUGUGUGAGGAAGGAAAAUCAACUAAAUUUGAUAUAGAAUUCGAAGUUCUUCCUAAGAUUGAUCAUCCGUACUCCAUUCUCGUAUUUUACAAACAAGAUUCCAACCUCCAUUUGCUUACGCAAUACCAUCUCACGAUGAACAAGUUGCAGCAUCACAAUGAUAUCACAUUGGAGAAGAUUAAGGAUAAAUCAGAGAAGAUUUUGAUGCCACGAUACUUGAAAAUGAAAUUGGAAGACCUGGAAUGUUAUUACCCGUCUAAGGAGAUGAAUGCUCUGUUUAGGAAGGAUUUCAAGAGGGAGAGACUUACAGAGAAGGAAAAGCAAUUGAACAGCACAAUUGAGCACUACUUGAACUCCGAAGUGACUAAAGGAAACUAUGUCAAUUUCUGGUCAACCUUCAUCCAGAUGGAAGAUUCAGCUGCAAGUGAGCAGUUGUCGAAAAUUGAUAAAUUCAAAGUGAAUUUGAUAUAUAGUCAAGGAUACUAUUUGCUGCACAUCCCAAAUCUCUUGGAGGAGAACAUGCUCAUGGAGGGUGACAAGGUACACAUCGUCGAGUCAAAAGGGCAGUUAGAUCACUUAAGCAGUCAAACGAUUAGAAAGUUAAAGAAAAGUUUUGGACGUGUGUAUGAAUUGAAGAAGGAUCACGUUGUGCUGGAUUUUGAAGACAUGAUUGUAUUGAAAGACUUGAAGUACGAUAUUCAUUUCUUGACCAAUCGCAUGACAAUUCAGCUGGAAAGGCAAGCCCUUGAUUUCGUGGAGCAACACAAAAUUCAAAAGUUCUUUUUCCCGGAAUGCCUAACAAAGCAUUCAAUUGAUUUUCAUGGCUUUGACUGGGUCAAUGAGAGUAUUAAGACAAAUCCCGAGCAGCAAAGCGCCGUCAUACACAUUGUGCAAAAAUCAUCUUUCCCAUCACCCUACAUCCUAAUGGGUCCUCCAGGCACUGGGAAGACAACGACUCUUGUGGAGGCUAUAUACCAAAUUUUGAUGCGUAGCCCAAACGAUCGAAUCCUCGUUGCAGCAACCUCCAAUUACGCGUGCGAUGUGAUUACUAUACGAUUGCUAAAAUUUUUGCAAACCUCUCAAGUUUAUCGCAUGUUUGCCAGUUCAAAGGAACAAAACUUGGAUUCAAUUGAUCCAAAGUUGCUGGAAAUUUCAAACUUGAAAGGUGGUACUCACUACUAUCCAACUAUAGUCUACCUCUCAAAAUUCAGUGUGAUACUUACAACACUUGCAAUUGCUGGGAAGUUUGCUCAGGCGAGAAUUCAUUCAGGUCAUUUUCAAUACGUUUUCAUCGAUGAGGCUGGAAGCAGCACAGAACCAUCCACCUUGAUUCCCAUUGCUGGAGUGAUAAGUUCUCCAGGCAUGAUUCACGGCCAAAUAGUAUUGGCUGGUGAUCCGAUGCAACUGGGACCGAUUGUGAAGUGUGACAGAGCUAGUAAGCAUUUGGGAGUUUCAAUGCUUGAACGUCUUAUUGAUAAGGGAAUCUACGCCAAAGAUUCCAACGGGAAGUACAAUCCACGCGCUAUAACGAAGUUACUUCGUAACUUCCGAUCACAUCCCAAAAUUCUGGAAUUCCCCGAUAAGGAAUUCUAUAGUGGUGAAUUGAUGGCUAUGGGUAGCUAUCAACUCACCCGUUGGGCAUGUGAUUGGGCAUACCUGCCGAACAAAAAUGUUCCGAUUUUGUUUGAGCAUGUAAUUGGUGUUUCGGAACAAGAUGAUAAUUCGCCAAGUUGGUAUAAUAAGCAAGAAGUGAGGCGUGUUAUAUUCUACAUUCACACGCUUCUGAAGGCGAAUAAGAUCCACGGAAGGGAGAUUACGCAGAAGUGCAUUGGUGUGAUAACGCCAUACAAAAAGCAAUGCACAAAACUGUCGAUUGAAUGCAAGAAGAGGCAGUGGGAUGACAUCGAUAUAGGUCCUGUUGAGAAAUUUCAGGGUCAAGAGAAAUCGGUGAUUAUUCUUUCCACGGUGCGCUCCUUGACGCGUGGAGUGGGUUUCCUAAAAAACCCAAAACGGCUCAAUGUAGCCCUUACACGUGCUCAAGCUCUCCUAAUAAUAAUUGGGAAUGUUGAUACGCUUGAGCAUGAUGAUACAUGGAGUAGAUUUAUUGAUUUCUGUAAGGAGAACGGCGUGAUUAAGAAGUUUGUUGAAGAGGAUGAACAAGAGAUGGAUCAACAUACUUCGCAGAGGAAGCAGCCCAAGCAGAAUCAGCAGAAGAAGACACGAGGGGGGAAAAAAGGGAAGAAUUUUGCAAACUCAACCACACAACCGGUGGUGGUUAAAGCGGAGAAGACCAAUAGAGAUCUUCCACGCCAAGGAUCGUCGGGAAUUCUUGGCACUCAAAGCAAUCAACCACGGGGACUGUUGGCCAAUGAACGUCAAAAUGGUCCCUCAAUGAAUACUUUAAAAAUUGAUUUAUUGCCGAAACUACCAACAGGAGUGAAAGCAGAGAAUAUUAACGGGUAUCCUCCACGCCAAGGAUCGUCUGGAGUUUUUAACUCACAAGGCAAUCAACCACGGGGCUUGUUGGUCACUGAUCGUCGAAAUGGUUCCUUAGGGAAUACUUCAACAGGAUUUUCGGCAACUGAUUCCUUGCCGAAAUUACCAAAUGUGCCGACAUUUAUACCAUCUACAGCAGCAAGGUACGGUACACCAUCAUACAGAUCCGCAUAUUCGGCAUCUUCACCGCUAAAUACACCCUCAAAUGUUUCAGCUACAGCUAGAGUUAAUACUGGAACACCAUACGGACGAUUUGCUACAAAUUCCCACCUUGAUACAAAAAAGAAAUCCAAGUGCCUUAUAAUGUAAAAUUGAUUUCUUUCACUCUUUUCUUAUUUUUUAUUAUACUUACAAAAUAUAGUCUGUUUCGUCUGUUCUGACUUGAGGCUUAAACCUUCUUUUUUUUUCAUAUGAAAUUUUUUAAGUUCUGAUAAGACUAAGCAGAAUUACAAGUCUAAUAAGUAGUACAAUAGUAGAACAUUGACGAAUUUUAUAAAUAAAAUUGUGUACUGUCUUUAAAUUGAUUCAAACAUAUUAACUUGUUACUUAUUUUAAAAAAUUGACCAUAAAUAUUCUACUCACUUUCAAAUUAUUAAAAAAAAGAGAAUUGAAUUAUAUGUUGCUGUAUAAGAUAUAUUUUAUCAAAAGCAAUGCAUUUUCUUUAUUCCUUGAUUGAUUUAUAUCCAAAUGAAAUGUAUUCCUUGAAGUUUCUGUUGUUUUUGUAUUAUACAAUAAACUCUGAUUUUUAUUUCUUUUAUUGGAAAAA